AUGAAAGAUUCAGAGGGCCGGAAGCUGUGUAAGAAAGUGAAGGUGGACCCGAGCUCCAAACGUGGAAGAGCAGAGCUGCUGCAUUACAAAGAUGGGACAUUCCACACGGAGUACAGCAGGCCUGCUACUUUCAAGUCGAUGGUAGCGUUUUUGAAAGACCCAUCGGGGCCCCCACUGUGGGAGGAGAACCCUGAGGCUAAAGAUGUCGUCCACAUAGAGACAGAAAAAGACUUCAGGAAGCUGCUGAAGAAAGAAGAGAGGCCGGUCCUCAUGAUGUUCUAUGCUCCCUGGUGCGGCGUUUGUAAGAGAAUGCAGCCCAUUUUUCAGCAAGCGGCCACGGAGACAAAAGGGAAAUAUGUCCUAGCAGGAAUGAAUGUGCACCCAGCUGAAUUCGACGGCCUCAAGCAGGAGUACGGCGUCAAAGGCUACCCAACCUUCUGCUACUUUGAGAAGGGGAAGUUCCUUCACCACUACGAGAACUACGGCGCCACAGCCAAGGACAUUGCAGACUGGUUGAAGAAUCCUCAGCCCCCCCAGCCGAAGACCCCUGAAGUCCCCUGGUCAGAGACAGACUCUGCGGUCUUCCACCUGUCCGAUGAGUCCUUUGACAGCUUCCUGGAGGAACAUCCUGCUGCCCUGGUCAUGUUUUAUGCCCCUUGGUGUGGCCACUGCAAGAAAAUGAAGCCAGAGUACGACGAAGCUGCUGAAAUACUCAACAAGGGUGCAGAUAGUCCGGGUGUUUUGGCAGCAGUGGACGCCACGGUGCAUAAGGCUGUGUCGGAUCGCUUCAAGAUCUCUGGUUUCCCAACGGUUAAGUACUUCGAGAAAGGUGAAGAGAAGUACACGCUGCCGCAGCUGCGAAACAAAGACAAGAUCAUCGAGUUCAUGCACAAUUACAUUGGCAUGAAGCUCGGUUUUGCGGUGCAAAUGUAUGAUGAUAAUAGAUAUAGUUGUGAUAACAGCCCAUCUGCUUGUUCUUUUCCAGGGUGUCCACACUGUAAAAACGCUGUCCCCCACUUCACCACGGCAGCAGAGCUCUUCAAAGAGGAUCGCAAGAUCGUGUACGCAGCUGUGGACUGCACUAAAGGACAGAACCACGAGCUUUGCAAGCAGGAAGGGGUGGAGGGCUACCCGACAUUCAACUACUACAACUAUGGCAAGUUUGUGGAGAAGUACAAUGGAGAUCGAGGGGAGGCAGGCUUCACGGGUUUCAUGCGCAGCUUAAGAGGACGCGACCAGGAGAAGGUUGUCAAGCGGAAGGAGGAGCUCUGAGAGAAGCAUGCGGGGCGUGGGGGUGGGGUGGGGGGCAAUGCACUGUGACCCUUGAGCCUGGCAAAGGGCCCUUUCAGCACUGACGGGGGAGACUCGACAACCUCAGCGAAAGGCUAUUUUUUUAUACCGUGGUGACUCCGUUUGUAAUAAUACCAGAGUACUUGCUGUCAGACCGACCACUCGAGACUUUUUCACGGAUGUUCUGAUGGGCAGAAAAUACACAGACGAGGAAAAAAAGAAAAGAAAAAAAAAGGUUUUCUUGUUUUUGCCCAACCACUGUGACUGAAUAUGUGAAAAGCUACACCCUAUACUGUAUCUAUGCAAUACUGCCCCAUGCUUAGCUCUGCAGGGGUUUGUGUGACUGUCAGACCACCGUGGUGGUGGAGCGGUGGUGGGCAUCAGUAUCUAACGGUGGAGGUUGCACUGUCCCAAUGGGUCCUAAUCCAGCCCCAUCAACCCUGUUCUGUCUCUAAAAGAGACAAAUGCUGAUUAUUGACAUACACCUUUUGGUUUCAGUGAUUUGGGUUUUUUUGGCUUUUUUUUUGUUUGUUCUUCUUGUUCUUGUUGUUGUACAGAACCGUCACGUCUGCAGAACAAUUUGAAAUAUUGAUUAUUUUUUCACAUCAUUUGGAAAGUAACGGCAUUUUAACACCACCACUUAAAAAAAAAAAGAACCUAAAGCUUGUACAGUAAAAUGUGAGGUGCUCCAGUGAGUAGUGUAGGUUUGUUAAAUUGGUGAAAUCACAGCUAAAGGAUCAGUAUUCUGUGUGGGUGUGCACUAUCAUGAUUGAUUUUUGCUUUUAGAAAGGAGUUUUUGUUUGCCCCCAAACUGUGGCCUUACAGAUAUAAAAAUAUAAAAUGUCUGGAAUUGAAGAAAUAUAAUAAGUGGAAGAGAUUCAGAGGCCUGGUGCCCUUGUAACUCUCUCAUGAAAUGACCAAGUAAAGGAGAAUGAGGGUGGGGGGGAAAGGGAACACAACAGAACAUGAAAUGCCAAAUAUUACUGCAAGCUGCCCUUCAGAGUUCAUUCUUUUCCAAAUCGUGUUAUUAAUCUUAUCAUUCACAGCUGGAGUGACUUUUUACCUCUUGCUCCUUCAUUAAUUGUUAAUAAUGGGAGAGUUCAUUGACAGAAGCAUGGGAGAUGCUCACAUCUGGUGUCUGAAUAGUCCAUGUGAUCAACAAACAUCAAAAACACGAGUCUUACCUCCGUCCACUGAAGUAAUCACAGAUUCCGCUCAAUAUCCCACAAAUCCCCUCUGUAUUCACACUCUACUG